AUGAUGGCGACAGUGCGCCGCGUUGUGUGUGUGUUGGCCGCUGCUCUGUGCUGCACGGCCUUGUGCGUCUCUGCUGCUGCUGAUACUUCCGCUGGCCAUCCCACAGUUGGUGCGUCUGAUGUGUCGGCGAAGCAGACAGACGUCACUGCAAAGACGGAGGCCGUGGAAGCAGCAAGGAAAGCGGAGGAAGCAGCAAUUUCUUUUAAAGAUGCACUGAGAGAAGCGGAGAAGGCACAGAAGUCGGCCAAGAAGGCGGCCAAGAAGGUAGCAGAGGAAGUACGGGGUAAACUGAAGGAAGGCGCAAGGAAGGCAUCAGGGCUUGGGUACAGGUCUUGGCGGAAAACGUCAGAUGCUGUAACGUUGCUGAAGGAUCUUGUACCUGCUGAUUCGACGACUUCGGUUGUAGAGCCGUCAAAGAAGGAGGAAAAGGCAAAGGGUGCACAGAAGGACGCUCAAGAAGCAACGGAACUUGCUGAAUGGGCUGUAACGAACGCUACCAAGGCAGUGACGAACGCUGAGUCUCGGCUGAAAGAGGUGAAUACAGAGGAGCAGAAAGUGAAGGCAGCCAUGGAGAAAGCUAAGGAAGCGGCGGGGAGUAUACCGAAGGAGGCGAAGAAAGUUGUGGCUGCGAUUGAAAAAAGUAAAGAAGAGGCUAUCAAAGCAAGUGGUGCGGAUAUGUACCUCAAGAAGCUAAACGAUGGAAACAAGGCAGUGAAGGAUAUUCUUGAUGCGAUGAACGCCACACUUAUUGCAGCAAAGAAGGCGGAGGAGCUGGCCAAGAAUGCUCUAUCCGAUGCAACGAAAGGAGUUAAAGAUGCUGAACACAAACUGCUCGUAAGUCUUACUAGUGAUGGGCUGGAGGCUGCCUUAAAAGGAGUGGAAAAAAAAAUAGAGGCACUAUUCCCAUCUAUUGUUGAAACUGAAGAAGAAGCCAAAGAGCCUGUGACCCUCCUGGAGAAUGCCAUAUCAGAUGCGGAGAGUGUUGUAGAGCUGGCUAAAGCUGAGAAAUUAGCAGCUGAAGCGGCGUUGCGGCUAGCGAGGCAGGCGCUGGCAGCCGCUGAGAAGAUACAGCAGGAUCUUGUAAAGCAGCAACAGCAAGCCAGGGAGGAGCUGGAAGCCGCUAAGGGUAAAGAAAAGGAGAGAGAGAAGCAGGGAGAUACGAACGACAAUCAGGAGAAAACAAAACAGGGAAUUCUGGAAAGCGAAGUGAGUGAAAGGGACGAACAGGAAGGACUCAACCGUCCUCAGCUACCCGACACCACUGAUGCCGCUACGACUCCUCCUGCUGGUGCGUUGUUGCCUAAGACCGAUGGUACUGCGGAUGGCGAGAAGCUUCUUGCUCAGCACACAGAUGGCAGCGA